AUUUUCAAGAUUUGUAUUUUUGUUUCAAGUUCAGUGCCUGCUCUUUUCUUCACUAAACUAGCUUUUGCUCUCAGUCCUCCUCCUACAGUAAUGGCUCUAAAGUUCACCAAUGCCCCCUUCUGUUUACUGAUCACUAAUUCUUUCAAGUACGAGGACAAGGUUCAAAAUCUCGAGGAUGAGGUCGAGAAGCUGCAAUACACAAGGGAUAGGUUGCGAUAUUCUGUUGAAGCUUCCGAGAGGAAUGCGGAACUGAUCGACGAGCAUGUUCUCAGUUGGUUGUGCUCUGCAGAGAAAACUACUGCAGAGGUUACAGAAUUUAUCCGAGGCGUUGAAGAAGAAGCAGCGAAAAACAAGUGUUUUAUCGGACUUUGUAGCCGCUACGAGCUCACCAAGAAAGCUGACAAGUGGAUUUCGAUCCUUGACAAUCUCCAUUCUCAAUCUAACUUUAGUAGAAUCUCUCAACCUGCUGCACCCCGAAUAUUACCUGCCUCAAUUGCUGUGAAUCAAUCAGAGUCAUUACCUUCCAGGCGGAAAUUUUUACAAGAAAUCAUGGACGCCUUAACUGAUCCUGAAAUCAUCAGAAUUGGGAUUUUUGGGAUGGGAGGUGUGGGUAAGACUAUGGUAGCAAAGGAAGUCGCUAGACAGGCUCAAGAACGAAAGCUUUUUGAGUGUGUCGUUAUGGUUUCGGUGAGUCAAAACCCGGAUGUCCGAAGAAUUCAAGGGCAGAUAGCUGAGAUGCUCGGCCUGAACUUGGAUGAGAUGUCUGUAGAAGCUAGAGCUUCCCGUUUGCACAUGAGGAUGAGCAUGCAGACAAAUAUCCUAAUAAUUCUUGAUGAUAUUUGGAGUCCAAUUCAUGUUGAGGAAAUAGGUAUUCCUUGUGAAAAUGAAUGUAAAACUAAAAUCUUGUUGACUUCGAGAAAUCGCCGCACAAUCUUGGACAUGGGUGCAGAUAAAAUCUUUUCUCUGGAGGUUCUGUCAGAGUUAGAGGCUUGGAAUUUAUUCGAGAAGAUGGUCGGCGAUACAGUAAGAAAUCCGAGUUUGGUUUCUGUAGCAGCUGAAGUAUCGAGAAGAUGUGCGGGUUUGCCCCUUUUGAUUGUAACGGUUGCAAAAUCUUUGAAAUAUAAGAGUUUACAUGAAUGGCAGGAUGCCUUACUGCAGCUUUCUAGGGCGGAUGAAGAUGGUGUACAGGAUAGAGUAUACUCAAGUCUAGAGCUGAGUUACAAUAUUUUGGCUGGAGAUGAAGUAAAGUCACUUUUCAUCCUCUGUGGUCUGCUUGGGCAGUCCAGUAUUUUGAUGGAAGACUUGUUAAAGUACAGCCUUGGUCUGGGCUUGUUACGGAGAGUUUAUACAGUCGAUGAAGCGAGGAAUAGAUUACGUGCAUUGAUUAGAGAGCUCAAAGAACAUAGUUUGCUAGAAGAUGGUGAAAGGAAUGGAUCUGUGAAAAUGAAUCUUGUUGUUCAAGAUGUUGCUGUAUCAAUCGCAUCCCGGCAGAGAGGCCAUAUCAGAGGAGGCCGCAUAAGAUCAAACGAAUGGCUAGAUAGUCAUCAUUACUCGUCCGAGAGCUGGACAGUGAUUUCUUUGCCUUGCUGUGAAGCUCCUCAGCUUCCUGAAUGGUUAGAAUGCCCAAAAUUAGCGUUUCUUUUAAUUCAUUCUAAAGAUCAUUCAUUAAGGAUCCAUGAUUCAUUUUUUAAAGCAAUUCCACAACUAAAAGUGUUGGAUCUCUCAGGGAUGAGUUUCUCAGUCCUGCCUUUAUCAUUAGACAUGCUAGAAAACCUUCAUACCUUGUGUUUAAAUCGUUGCAGUUUGUUCGGUGUAUCUAACAUUACAUACUUAUCGAAUCUAGAAAUUCUUUCCUUUGCUGGCUCUGAUAUUUCUGAGCUGCCCAUAGAAUUAGGGUCAUUGGAGAGGUUAAAGUUGUUAGACUUGAGCCAUUGUUACAAACUCAAAACGAUUCCAAGAUAUGUCUUAGCAAAGCUGUCUCAGUUACAAGAAUUAUACAUGGCAAACAGCUUUGACCAAUGGGACACUUCGAGUAAUGCAAGCCUUGAAGAGUUGGACGACUUGCCCCGCCUGAAAACUCUGGAGAUUCAUGUUCGCAAUGCCAAGUUAUUACCCGGAGGCCUUUUCUCCGAGAGGUUGGAAAGAUAUAGAAUACUGAUCGGAGAAGACUGGGACUGGGAUUCCAAUGGCAAUGACAGUGAUGAAAUCUCAAGAAUGCUCAAGGUCAAGCUCAAUACGAGGAGGAUUCAUUUACGUUGGUUUAGGAUGCUGCCGAAUGCAGAGGAUCUAUUUUUAGAUGAAGUUAAGGGAGCUAGGACAAUACUGUAUGAUCUUAAUAUAGAUGGAUUUCCAGUAUUAAAGCAUCUUCACGUCCAAAAUGGCACUCAAAUUACAUACAUCGUUGAUUCAAUAGAGUAUGUUUCAGGUGUUGCUUUUCCCAUUCUGCAGUCCUUGUCCCUAGAGAAUUUGAUGAAUCUGGAGAAAAUCUGUCAUGGCCAGCUUGCAGCAGGUUCUUUCGUCAAUUUAAGGACUUUGAAAGUCAAAAGCUGCAAUAAGUUGAAUAAUAUCUUGUCAUAUACCAUGAUGAGAGGCCUUUCUCAACUCCGAGAAAUUGAAGUAUCUGAUUGCCAAAACGUGGAGGAGAUUGUUGCUGUCAAUGAUGCCAAAAACGAAGCACUUGAGUUCUUUCAGCUUCGCUCUAUAACAUUAGAAGGUUUACCAAGACUCGUUAGCUUUUGCUCCAUGGGGUUAGAAAAUAGUGUCACAGGUUCAUUGCCACUUUUCGAAACAAUGGUAUGUUCAUGCAUUGAUCUUGAAACGAACCAGAUUUAUAUUCUACACGCGUGUAGAAUACCCAACUUGGAGGACCUGAAAGUAUCAUCAAUUUUCUGCAAAACCAUAUGGCACAGACGAUUGUCCACAACAUCUUCACACUUGACAAGUCUGACCAUAGCGAAUUGCCAGCAUUUAAAGUACGCAUUCACAGCUCAAAUGGUUAAAAGUUUUCUGCGACUCAAAAAACUUGAGAUAUUCGAUUGUGAAUUCAUGGAUCGGAUAGUAGGCAUAGGAGAAGAAGCAAAAAAAGAGAAGCGUGGGAAUAUCUUGCUUACCUUCCCUAAUCUGGAGCUUUUAAAGAUUAAAAAUCUACCACAGGUUUCGAGUUUCUGCACUGCAAAUUAUCUUCUUGAAUGUCCAUCUUUGAAAAAACUUUCGGUAAAUAACUGCCAUGCAUUAAAGACGCUCGUAUACAUUUCCGAUGAUUCAAACUCCGCAGAGAGAUACAACGCCGACAUCCAAUCUUUCUUCAACGCCAAGGUUCAAUUCCCUAACUUGGAGAAACUUGCACUCUCCAACAUCGAUCAACUACAAACUGUAUUCAGUAGUCAACUGGGUCCUGCAUCGUUUCGAAAAUUAACAACAAUGAUACUCAGAGGUUGUGAGAAUCUACAUGCUAUUUUUCCAUCCAACGCCGUGGCUACAUUCCAGAAAUUAGAGAAGCUGUGUGUAAGUGAUUGUUCUUCACUAGAACAGAUAUUUCAGCUACAAAAUCGGGUCGAAACAGUAGCAUUUAGAUUGACAGAAUUGCAUCUAAGUGGUUUGCACAAUCUAAAGUAUAUCUGGAGUAAGGAUCCAAGAGGAAAUUUCAGCUUCCACAAUCUUCAAUUCGUAAGUGUUUCAGACUGCGAAGCUCUUAAAUUUAUCUUUCCAGCCUCCGUAGCCGAAGCUCUUCCAGUACUAGAAGAGCUUGCAAUAAGAGAUUGCUGGAUGCAUGAAAUUGUCGCGGUUGCGGAAGGAGAUAUGGAAUUAGCAGCCCCUCGUUUCAUAUUUCCUCGACUAACCUUCUUGAAACUUCAAAAUCUACCGAAUAUGAGAAGCUUCUAUCCAGGGAAGCACACUGCAGAAAUGCCAAGGUUAGAAGCAUUGGAGAUUUUUGGUUGUGACCAGGUUAUGGCAUUUGCUUUGGAAGAUUUUAGUUCUGCAGAUGAUGUCUCGGUUAUUCAACCACUUCUUGUUGCUAUCAAGGUUUUACCAAACUUGAAAAGGUUGACAUUAUACGGAAAAGAGAUAACAAUGAUAAUUAAAUGGCAAUUGUCAUUAGAAUUCUUUUUCAGACCAAAAUUUCUAGAGCUGAUAUCCUUACCGGAAGAAUCACAUGCUUCUCUUAUCGAUUUCCUUCAAAGCUUACAAAAUCUGGAGACACUUGUUUUGAGAAGUACUUCUUCUCUUCAAGUUUUGUUUUACUGUGAAUUAGUAAAUAGCAAGGGCGAAGCUUCGGGGGAGAAAUUCCCACCAAUAAAACACUUGGAGCUUGAAAGUUUACAUGAUUUAAAGAAAAUAUGGCAACUAGACACGCAAGUGAACUCAUCAUUUCUUCAAACUCUGGAGGUUCAGUUUUGUGACAAGUUGAUUAAGCUAGCACCACCUUCAGCAACUUUCCAAAAUCUAACUAGUUUACAAGUACUUCAGUGCAAUAGCUUAAAGACACUAGUGACACCUUCAGUGGCCAAAUCUAUGGUGCAACUCGUGAAGAUGCGGGUUGAAAAAUGUGGCGAGUUGACAGAAAUAAUAGCCGCGGAUGACGAAAAAGACAAUGAGACAACAACAGCAGAGAUUGUUUUCAACAAAUUGACAGAUUUGGUACUUGUUGGCUUAGAUAACCUCACAAGUUUCUGUUCAGCUGAUUGCACCUUUACAUUUCCGUAUUUGGAGGAAGUGACUGUGGCAAACUGCCCGAAAAUGAAAUAUUUCUCUCGUGUUCUGUCUACGCCUAAGCUUGAGAGGCUGAGGCACAAAUUUGCUUAUGAAGAUCAAUGGCUCUCGAUGAGGGAUGGCGAUCUAAAUGCCACCAUACAACGGAUGUACGAGGCAGAUUUAGAUUCCAGUUAAGAAAAUAACAACAUUUGUAUAUAUAUAGAAAAAUAUUGCACCUCUUUGGUUCUUUUAGUAUUUUAAAUGGUAUUCAAACUUGGUCGGAUCAUUGAAUCGCCACGAGAAAAGAUUAUAUUAAAGUUGUGUUUAUUUUUUCUUUAUGAUUUAA